GCACGACGUGGAAGUUAUAAUACAGCCUUUAUCAAGACCAGCCAAAUAGAGCUAGAUAAUGAAAAAUGUUAGCUUUGAAAUAUUUCACCCGAGUUUUCUUUCUAAUUUUGCUGGAUUAUUUUGUAUUCGAAUGCGAUAAUUACUGUGCCGGGCAAGUAAAUUAUCGAGACGAUCAUAGGUGCGGAGCCGGUUUUCCUGCACCUGACGGUGAAGAUGCAAUUUGUCUACGUGCGUGUUGUUCUCCGUGGCAUUGGUGUGGGCUAACUGAUGAUUACUGUUGUAGCAAUUGCGUAGAUUACCGUCAAGUGAAUCCAACAGAGUCAUGCACAAGGACAGCAUUAUCUACGUUAUGCCUACCACCUGGAGAACAAUCUGAACCAGUGGGCCUAACUUCCGCGGUCUACAACAAACUUAUUGGCAAGUGUUUGGCAGAGUCAAGUGGAUCAGAAAUGCAAAUUUCUACAAGAAGUAGCAACCGAUGCGCACGCGCUUGUCUCGCAUAUAAUUCCAAGUGUAAUGCCUUCGGGUUCGAUCAGCGAUUUUCAAAGAAUUUCGAUUGUUUCCUAUACAAUACUACCGAUACGUCUUGGAAGCUAGAGGACGUAGGGAUUAUUGCCAGCAAUGAUGGACCGAAGUGCUCUUUCUAUGUCAAGUCCUAUAAAUGAUGACAAUAAGUUUAAUAAUGAAUUAAUUAUCACUAGUUGGUGUUAUCAGCGCGUAUCCAAAUUUGCAUAUGUGUAGCAAUUACAACA